ACGAGAUGAGACACAUUUCAGUCAUUCGUUUUGGCUUUCUGGACUAAGCAUUAUUCAGUACAGUAUACAGGGCAUGGUGACAGAGAGGAGCGGGGGAUCCUCUCUCCUGCGUCUUCGGUAGAGAUUCGUGAAUGAAACUGUCUGCACACUUACCUGCCAGAAGCGAAGAUGUGUCGAGCUAUAAGGGAAUAGCUCCGUUUAAUCGACUCGGCUUCAACCGAAAGUCUCAACAAACUUCUGUUUCGUUUGAUUGACAUUGAGACGUCAUGGCAUCAUUGUCGUGGAGACACGCGCUCGUCUGCUUGGUGAUUGUGAAUAUGUCAGUGCUAACAAAGGCAUGCAGCAGCCACUAUGAAUAUGCCAUAGAGGAAUUCUGCAUGGACAAGUUUAAGCUGGAUAUGGAGGUUCUCGAUCAGCAUCAAUGGUGCAGCUGGGAGGACACAGUGGAGUCCUAUGGAGAACUGACCAACUGCACAUUUCUGGUGGCUCUGAAGAUGAACUGUUUCUGGCCCAACCGACUUGUGGACGAAUUCUUCAUCCAGGUCCACAGGCACUACUUCUACGACUGCUCAUUGUCAGGACGGCUGCUUCAUGACCCACCAAAUCGGAUCCUGGGGCCUUUUAUUGUUGUGCCCAUUCUGGUGACACUAUUCAUGACUGCUCUAGUGGUGUGGAGGAGUAAACAUAGUGAGGGAAUUGUGUAGGCUAUGGUAGUUAACCAGGUACAAGUCCAGAACAAGACAAGGUGACAGACUAUGAACAUUAGAAAAUACUUUUCUUUCUCAAGAGUUUUUCAUCAGGAGGUUGGAUAUGGAACAAUCAACGCACUUUCCAAUACAGAACAUUUUCACUGUGUUAUCGGUAACAGGAAACAUACAAGAAAUGGUAACGUACAAGUCAUUUGUAGAGAAAAAACUCUUUCUUUUAGUUUUUGACUAAAUACUUUGUAAUGCCAGCAUAUCAGCAGUAUAUUAAAUUGAUCUACGUCUGGAUCACUACAUCUUAUGAACACUGGACUUUUCACUCGUCAACCUCAAUACAUUUCGCACUUAUGAAAACUUGUAUUGUUCUUUGUGUCAAAUGCUGACAGUGGCAGCCAUGAAUAAUAUUAUCCUGAUGAAAA